AUGCCACUCCCAGCUUUAUUUGACGAAUUCUCUAAAUCGAUCAUCUAUGUGAACGCCCCGUUGGCCUUUGUGAUGAAUGUGACGCUCCUGUAUUUCAUCGUUUUUCACAGUAAAAAACACAUGGGCACAUACAAAUAUCUGAUGUUGUGCUUCUCGGCUUUCAAUCUUCUUUAUUGCACGAUGCACAUCGUAGUCAUGCCGAAUUUCCAUGCAAAAGGUGGAGGAUUUGUGGUGAUUCCGACCUCGUUUCUCAAAUUUUCAAUGAAAGCUGGUUAUUGGGGAUGCGUGAUGUACGGAUGUCUCUUCAUUCAGAGCCUCGUCCUACUCGCUUUCCAUUUUGUGUAUCGCUAUCUUUUGAUUUGCAAAAACGAUUGGCUUUUUGUCUUCAACUCGUGGAAGUACGUGCCAAUCCAUUUCUCGAUCUGGUUAACGGUCGGAAUACUUUGGACUACAUUUGUGAGCAUUUACAUGUAUCACGGAAAAAUUCUGACGGCUUAUUUUCAAUACGAGCUUUGGGAAAUUUAUCGAGUCGAUUUGAAUAAAACGCCUAGUUUAGGACCAUUAUACAAGUACCCAAAUGCUCUCGGAGUUGAAGUCUGGAAUUGGGGUGUGUUGAUGGCUACUGGAGUCUGUGUGUCAGAGUUGUGCGGCUCAUUUUCGGUGAUUCUGUUUUGUACAUGGAAAAUCCAUCACUUUUUCAAGACCUCUGCCAGCACAAUGAGCGACAAAUCGAGGAGUCUGCAAAUGCAACUUUUCAGAGCUUUGCUCAUUCAAACAGUGAUUCCGGGUUUUGUCGAAAAAGUCAUUUUUCGUGAUGCCGAAGAAGUGAUUGCUGAUGAUGGAGAAAGUUUGUUGAAUGAGAAAGAACUCAAGAGACAACUCGAAGUGUCACGGCAGGUGACAACAGCUGAAGUGCUAGCCUACUCAAAAGGUCUCGACGACUCGAGUGCUCUUCUCUACGAAGCACCAGCCGCGGUGUUGUUGAUGAACAAUUUGGCUGUGAUCACUGCAUCUGUGAGCGAUACGAAGCUUGAGAAGCCGGUCGAUGGCUUCAAGCACUUGAAGCACGAAUGGUUUCAUGUGUCGCUCCUCCAAGUGGCCAUCAGCAUCACUGAUGGCUUUCGCUAUUCCCACUCAUCAAUGAUCACCAUCGAGCAGGCUCUCAUCGACUUGCCAAGAGUGCUCACGUCAACCAUUCGAUACGCUUCCAAGGCGAACGAUCCAAGAGCGAUUUCCCGGCACUACAACCAACUCAAUCGACGCCUCAAAAAAGCGGUUGAAACGUGCAGAUCCGUGGCUGUAAACACGACAAAUGUCUUCGAGCGUGUACUCGACGAGAUCGCCGAGUUGCAACAAGGUACUCUUGGAGCGAACUCGCGAAAUCAAAUCGACUUGCAACAACGACGAAACGAGAGCAUUUUCUGGGCACAACGAGAAGUGACAAUGAGAGAAAUGAUGAAAAGAGCAGAAGAAAGGUACAACCAAAUUUUGGCCGCUCAAAAGGAGGCCAACGAAAUUUACAAGAAACAGUAUCGCAAAACGGGACACUUGGGGCGAAUGCUGCUUGCGGCGGUAAUCGAUGUUUUUUCGUCGAUUGGGCUCAACUUCUCUUCGGGUUCCACUUCUGUGAUCUUGGGCGGGAAUGAUCAACGCAAAGAUCAGGGAAUGGUCAAUGAAGCAGACGGAAAUCAGACAGAAAAUGGAAAUCCGGAAGAAAAUCAAUCAAAAUCCCUGGACCAGUCCAACUCGGCAAGAGCUUUAUCAGCCAACACCGAUAUCGAAAAGCUUCGUUUGGCCAGAAGUCGUCUAGACGAAGAAAAUGCACGUGAAAAGGCUCAAUUCGAGGAAAACAUGAGACAACAAGAGGCCACUGGCGAGAUUAUGGCAAAAUUGCAAUCUCUGAAUUUGGAGGUGGUGGAUCUUGAGAAAACGAUGGAAGUGAUGAGAGAAGCCGUUCAACAUCUCGGAAAGGUUCGCGACCAAUGGUGGAGACUGGUCACUUAUUUUGAUUCGAUUCGCCUUGUGAUCGAGAACAAUCUGAUCGGCGCCAAUCUAGAUGAUGUGCUCGAAAACAACGAAGCCUUUAUGGUGACUGGUAUUAUAAAUGCUUUGAUGCUCGAGUCUUCGCUUCGAUUCAUCAGCUACUGUAUUCAAGUGGAUAAUGCGGCAAAGCUCUACCUUGCCGUUUCAUCAAAGCACAUCUUUCCGGUGCUCCGUGGUAUUGGAUCCCAUUUUGGACUUAAACAACACGAAGCCAAGCAUCAUCAGAGCCAUUUCGAAUCUCGCUACGAAAAAACGAUGAAUGACGUGCGAGCUUUAGUGGACGAACAGAAGAAAAAACUGAAUGAUCGUUUCGAGCAACAAAUCACCAUUCACUCAAAAACUCUUAUCAAAGCAUAUCCACAACUUGUUGAAGAACUUUAUGGCACCAUGUUAUUAGAU